AUGGCCAUUUCCGGUGACGUCACUCUGGCACAAGAUGGCGCGCGAUUACACCCGUACUUAGUUGCAUUAGUACGGUGGUGCGUGUCAUCGUUUUGGAGUACCGCAUCGCUGAUCAUCCAUCGUCUGAUGACGGCACCACUUCCUCCGAUCGCAGCAGCUGCCAAACCCGUUAAGACCCGCCCAGCCAGCUCCGACCACCUCCACCCAGACCCUUUGGUGGAUUGUGUGGUCCUCCAUGAGCCACCAACACAUACAAUAGAUGUUAUCUUCGUCCAUGGGUUGUAUGGAUCAUUAGGAAACACAUGGAGACAAGGAGAAUGGAAAAGCAACUACAAAAUCGAUCCAGAAAUAGUGACACUAAAAACACAUUCCAAUACCAACGACAAAACCGAAGAAGCCACUGAUAAAAAUGCAGAGGACGAUCUAAAACAUAUUAUAGACAGUAGUUUUAAUUUUAACAACACAGUACAAAUUAAGGAUGCAACUGAGGAAUUCAAUAGUGGCAUUUUGAAGAACAACAUCAAAGGUAUGAGGGAACAGCAGGAUUUCAAAGACAGGACUACGAGUUUCAAAGAAGAAAUGGCAAAUUUCAGAGAGAAAAUGGAUAAAUUCAAAGAGAAAACGGAUAAUUGUGCAAAUGGGGAAAUGAAUGAAGAGUUAAAAGAAAUGUUCAAAGACAAUCUGGAUAACGUCAACGAAUUUUACGAAGAUAUCAAGAGGAUAUUGCCUAACGAUAAUCUGUUUAUAACGGAGAAAUUCUAUAAUAACACUCUGCUGGACCAAGUAGAGAUCGUAGGGAACUACGAAUCGCAAGCGAAUUUUGUACGUGAUCUGUUUAAGAACAGUUGUGACGAGAAAAAUAAAGUCAUGGAUAACGAUAACGAAUCGUGCGAGUGUGACAGUGUGUGUGAAGUUGGGUGCGGUUGUGUGUGUGAUAAAUGCUAUUCGCCCUGCUGGCCCAGGGAUUGGAUUAAAGAAGAUUUCCCCGGUGCGAGAGUUAUUUCUAUCAAUUACACGAGCGAUCCUUAUCUGUGGAGGCCUUUGUGGAUUAAGGAAAUAAAAAGAUUGCGACUACACGAAAGAGCAGAACAGAUGACGUCACAGUUGCUCGAGUUGGGAGUGGGUCAGAAGCCCAUAAUAUGGGUGGGACAUUCCAAGGGGGGUUUGUUUAUUAAGCAAAUCUACUGUGAAGCAUACGAAGCUUAUUUACAAGAAACCAAAGACAAUAUAGAUUAUAGUACAAAUGACGAUAACAUUAAAAUGGACUAUAACGAUGAUACAAAUAUUUAUGCUAAUGGUGACCAAAUCGAAGAAGUAAUAGAAGAUGGCGAAAGAUCUAGAAGAGCUUGUCUAUGGCAGAAGUCAGCUGGGUUCAUGUUCUACUCUGUGCCACACCGGGGUUCCCCCCUAGCUGAUAUCAAGACACCCAUCACGGCGCGCAGUAUUGAACUCCUGGAGAUAUGUAAAAAUUGUUCGCUUCUCCUCUCGCUGCAAGAUCGCUGGUUAAUAGCCACGUCUCCCCUGCAGCCAGCUGUCCACAGUCUAGUGGAGACCUGUCGGACUCUUAUGUCUGUGCUGUGGUUGAGAAUAGUCAGCGUAGAUUCAGCUGACCCAGGUCGGGGCGCUCUGCACGGCGUGUCUGUGGAUCACAGGGAAAUCUGCAAACCCACGAGCCGUCAUUGCGUUCUUUACAAAGAGCUGAUGGGAUUAAUGCGAACGGCGUUCAACAAAUCUUGA